AUGACCUUCACGCACCACGACUAUACGGUCGCGUGGAUCUGCGCCUUGCCGUUGGAACUAGCAGCAGCGAAGGCCAUGCUGGACGACGUUCACCCUCCGCUUCCCCAACCAGAAUCCGACCACAAUGUCUACACACUUGGGAGAGUUGGCAGCCACAAUGUAGUGGUGGCCUGUCUGCCUGGCGGCGUUUAUGGGACGAUAUCCGCUACAAGUGUUGUGUCACAUAUGGUCUCUACCUUUCGGAAUAUCAGGUUCGGGUUGAUGGUGGGUAUUGGAGGUGGAGUCCCGAGCCACAGUGCUGAUAUUCGCCUUGGUGAUGUUGUGGUCAGCAAGCCAACUGCCACUUCAAGUGGUGUUAUCCAAUAUGACCACGGCAAGACACUACGCGGCGGUCGAUUCCAGCACAUCGGGUCGCUUAAUAAACCUCCUCAAGUGCUGUUGAAGGCCGUGUCUCAAUUAGAGAGUGAUUACAUGACCGGGAAAAGGCUGACCAGCGAAAUUUUGGACGGUGUGCUGCACAACUGUGAUACGAUGGGAGAACAGUUUUCGCGACCAAAGGACGACUGGCUAUUCCCAGCAACAUACAAUCAUGAGGGUAGCGAACACGACUGUUCGGCGUGUGAUCAGGCCCAGUUAGUUAACCGUCCUAAGCGGAGGACUGAUGACCCUUGUAUUUAUUAUGGCUUGAUUGCUUCCGGAGACCAGGUCAUGAAAGAUGCCAAGACUCGCGAUUCCAUUGCUCGGGAUCUAGACAUACUCUGUUUUGAAAUGGAGGCUGCUGGGCUCAUGGACGAACUCCCAUCACUAGUCAUUCGCGGCAUUUGUGACUACUGUGAUUCGCACAAAAAUAAACAGUGGCAAGGAUAUGCUGCGCUUGCGGCUGCUUCGUACGCUAAGGCACUUCUGUCGGUAAUUCCUACUUUUCACCGCAAGGAAUCACGUGAUCCGAGGAAGCCAGUUUGGAUGGUCCCCUUCCGGAGGAACCCACGGUUCGCAGGCCGGGAAGACGAAAUCACCAGAAUUGAAGAAUUGCUUCUGCAACAGAACGGACCUAGCAAAAUUGCUAUCUGCGGACUAGGCGGUGUUGGAAAGACGCAGAUUGCACUUGAACUGGCCUACCGCAUGAGAAAUCGAGACCCUAAAUGCUCGAUUUGCUGGAUUACAUGUACCAGCUAUGAAAGCGUGGAACAAGCCUAUAUGAACAUCGCCUCGAAGCUUAAAAUGACUGAUAUAAAACCAGCAGAGGUGAAAGGAAAGGUUAAAGCUUAUCUUAGCGAGGAGAGUGCCGGGAAGUGGCUUGUUAUCUUUGAUAACGCAGAUGACAUGGGAAUGUGGAGCACAAACGAUACUACUGAUACAGUAUUAACAGACUUUCUUCCUGAAAGUGAGCAAGGCCAUAUUCUCUUCACCACGCGCAGCCGUAAGGUAGCUGUGAAAUUAGCGUCUUCCCAUGUGAUUACAGUCACUGAGCCGAACACAGAAAUUUCUAUCCAAAUUUUCACGAACUCACUGGUUGAUAAGACAUUGCUUAAUGAUCGUAUUACAGCUCUGAGUCUUCUUGAGCAGCUGGCUUGUCUCCCUCUGGCGAUCACCCAGGCGGCAGCGUAUAUCAAUGAAAACAGCAUUGGCCUCUCUGACUAUCUUCAGCUUCUACGGGACCAGGAGCCACAUGUGAUUGAACUGCUGAGUGAAGAAUUUGGAGAUGAAAUGCGCUACAAAGACAUCCAGAACCCUCCGAUCUCGAAUAAGGAUAAAACCGAUGCUCUUGGUCUUCUCAAGGCCUUCUCCUUUAUUAGUAAGGGGGGUGGGGACAGUUCUUUAAAUCUACACCGACUAGUCCAUCUUGCGACUCGGAACUGGAUGAGAAAGAACCAACAGCUCAGCCUGCAAAUACUGAAAACUGCUGACCGACUGAGUGAAGUCUUCCCAGAUAAUGACCAUGCGAAUCGGCAGGCGUGGCGGGAAUAUCUGCCGCAUGCUCUUUCACUAAUAGCAGAAGCUGGAUUUCGGAAGGAGCAAGAGAAAUACAUUGAUUUGAUGCAAAAUGUUUGUAGUUGUCUCUACAGUGACGGACGAUGGAAGGAAGCGGAGGAGCUGCAAGUGCAAGUGUUAGAGGCACACAAGCGAGUGCUAGGGCCCGAGCACCCUUCUACUCUUAUUAGCAUGAGCAAUCUGGCAUCCACCUACAGGAAUCAGGGACAAUGGAAGAAAGCGGAAGAGCUGGAAGUGCAAGUAUUAGAGCUACGCAAGCGAGUACUAGGGCCCGAGCACCCUUCUACUCUUACUAUCAUGAGUAAUCUGGCAUCCACCUACAGGAAUCAGGGACGAUGGAAGGAAGCGGAGGAGCUGGAAGUACAAGUGUUAAAGACACAUAAACAAGUACUAGGGCCCGAGCAUCCUUCUACUCUUAUUAGCAUGAACAAUCUGGCAUCCACCUACAGGAAUCAGGGACAAUGGAAGGAAACAGAAGAGCUGGAAGUGCAAGUAUUAGAGGCACACAAGCGAGUGCUAGGGCCCGAGCAUCCUGACACUCUUACUAUCAUGAGCAAUCUGGCAUCCACCUACAGGAAUCAGGGACGAUGGAAGGAAACAGAAGAGCUGGAAGUGCAAGUAUUAGAGCUACGCAAGCGAGUGCUAGGGCCCGAGCAUCCUUCUACUCUUAUUAGCAUGAACAAUCUGGCAUGCACCUAUUGGAAUCAGGGACAAUGGAAGGAAGCGGAAGAGCUGGAAGUGCAAGUGUUAGAGCUACGCAAGCGAGUGCUAGGGCCCGAGCAUCCUGAUACUCUUACUAUCAUGAGCAAUCUGGCAUCCACCUACAGGAAUCAGAGACAAUGGAAGGAAGCGGAAGAGCUGGAAGUGCAAGUAUUAGAGCUACGCAAGCGAGUGCUAGGGCCCGAGCAUCCUGACACUCUUACCAGCAUGAAUAAUCUAGCCUUUACAUGGAAAAGACGAGGUACGAUUAAAAGUGCCCUCGCUCUGAUGAAACAGUGUGCAGAGCUCCGCCGCAACCUGCUUGGUCCAGAUCACCCAGAUACCAUAUCCUCUUCUGAUACUCUCCGUGACUGGGAAACCGCGAUAGAUUCCCCGAUAUGGUAUAGUCGACAAAACAUACUUGCCUUUUCUUUUCUUGCCUUGCCUUGUCUCUACUUUCUUUCGAAGACCCUUUUCAAGAGGAGGGUCUGGGAUGCCUGA